CUAGGGCAAAGAAAAUGGAAUCCCAUGCUAGCAUGGUAGCUGAACGAAUCUAACAACUACUGGAAAACAGUAUCAAAUACUUCAAGGACUGCUGGCUACUGAUGUCAGCAUGGACUUAAUAGAAAAGACCAAUGCAGUUAAUGACGGUGGUGACUCAGGUACAUCAGAUGAACAGAGCCAAUCAGGCGGGGUGGACUCCGGUGCCAGGCCGUCCUUGUCGCAGGUUAAAAAGUCCUGGGGCUUCAGAAGGACAACCUUUGCUAAACGGGAGUUUAUGGAGGAGGUCGGAGACCUGACCCACAACCCCCCGCCGCUUCGAAGGGGCAGAAGCCGAAGAACCAACCAGGCGCCAGAAAUGAACACAGAAGAAGACACCAAGCAGAAAACUCGAACAGCUAGGAGUGUGAUAGAGGACCUGCAGUGGUCUGCUCCUUCCUCCCCUGCGUCAGAGGACAGCAAGGAGCCACCAGAGACCUCUGCUGGAGGGAGCUUUGAUCCCAACUUAUGGCAGGACUUUGGAUCUGCUUUCCACACAGCGUUCUCCUUGCUUGGUGGCAACGAAGGCCUCUCUUUGACAGAUGCCCUGGCAGUUCCUAGUUACUUUGAGCCUGCUAAUGAAACUGAGCCCACUGAUCCACAGCCUGUAGAAGAAAACGAGACCCCUGAUAACCCGGAUGGCAUGGAAGUCACACAGCCUUUUGCUCCUACCAAUGUUGAAGAAAGAGAGAGCAAUUAUGUUGUUUUGAUCUCCAGUCAGGAAGAGGACAGUGAUGAAAAGACUCUGAUGCAAAUUAAAGAGCAGCUGGCCAGAAGCAGCAGGCAGGGAGACUCAAAAGCUCAAGGUGGGAAUGGUGGAAGAAGAAAAGCCAGGGGCAGAGGGAGAGGCAGGGGAAGAGGCAGAGGAAGGGGGAAAGGUAAGGGAAGAGGCCGAGGGAGGGCAGCGGUGCUUCAGUCCGUCAUUGUAGUCAACGAAGACACAGACGAUGAAGUGGUGUUUGUUAAUGCAGACGAGCAGCAGGAUUUACCCAAAGAUGGCAUCAAGAACGACCCACAGAUCCCUCCUGAGAUGGAAUCAACAGCUGCACACUUUGGUAUAACUCUGAAUGCUGCGCUGCAGUCUGUCAGCACAGGCUGCGUAAUUCUAGACAGCGAUUUUAACCAAAGUGGCGCCGUAACUCACGGCCAGUUCGAUGAUGCACCAAAUGAGGUGGAAGGAGAGGAAGACAUGAAUCAGGGAGAGACUAUAGCAGAGAUUCCCAGCAUAACAGAGAGUGAGGGACAGGACUCCAUUGCUACAUGCUUCGUCUGCAGCCAAACGCACAUCAAGAGGUUCAUGAUCUGCUGUAGCAGCUGCCAGGAGUGGUUUCAUAGCGCAUGUGUCGGUAUAAGUGAAAUGCAGGACGGGAAGCUAGAGGAGAGAGACCGAGACUACACGUGUUUAACCUGCACUACAACGAGGCAGAGCAUCAUCCACCUCGAGACUCAUCUUGAGCCAGACCUUAGCUUUCCUGAAUGUCUGACGCUGAGUCCUCCUGCUGUGGAAACAGAGCCACAAGAGGAGCAGCAGCAAGUUGUCAAGGAGGCUGUUUUAGUAGAGGAGAAGGAGGAAGAAGAAGAGAGUGAGGCUCUUGUGAUAAAGCCUCAAGUUGAAGCUGAACCUGAGGGGGAAACAAAAGCUGAAGUUCAGCCUGAGGGAGAAACCAGUAAAAAGGCUGAAGUUGAACCUGAGGGAGAAACAAAAGCUGAAGUGGAAACAGAAGUUGAAGCUGAGGUGGAAACAAAAGCUGAAGUUGAAGCUGACCCUCAGUGUGAGAUGGAGGCAGAUGAUUCGUUCCCUCUCUGCACUGGACCUGGCUGCGCAAAACCGGCGCUACCGGACUCUGUUUAUUGUGGCACCGACUGCAUCCUUCAGCAUGCUGCCAUCACCAUGAAGACUCUUUCCAGCCCUAAGGUGCCUAAAUCCAAAGGACGACCUCAGAGAAAAUCUGCUGCAAAGGCUGAAAUCUUGUGUCGAACUUCUAAGAGGUUGGCAAGAAAAGCUGUGGAAGGUGCUGAUGAAGUGGGGGCGGAGGAAGAUCAGGCAGAGCAGGAGGAGCCGUCCGCUUCUCCUAAAACCUGUGACCCCAAUCUCACAGAUGUUCAGUCCACUUCCAUACCAUCAUCUAACCUAAACACCACGUCAGCUGAUGAGACCAGUGACAAGCCAGAGCCCGACACUGAGGCCACAUCUGUUCCAAAACAGCGUCCAGAGGAGCCCACAGCAGACGCUCCUCUUCUCCCCCAGUCUGUAGCCGAAGAAUCCCCAUUACAGAAUCCGUCUGAGGAAAAAGAACCUGAAAGUACUGAUGUGUCCGAUCAACAAAAAGCUGCAGAAAGUGUCUCACCACCUCCAACAUCUGAGGAAUCUGAUGGCACACAAGCUCCGCCCAUUUCAGCUGUUCAACAUCUAGAGAUGGGCGCCCUGAUUGUCAAAAAGACGACGUAUGUUAUACCAAAGAAACAGACUGUUCCUCAGUCUUCAUGCAGCCAGCCAUCCCAGAAAGUGUCUGCAGUCCCGGCUCUGUUGAGCGAAACUCGAAAUCUCCUCGUGCCUCCAGCACCCAGCGCUCCGCCCUCCAGACCCUCUCAGCCCAAUAACCAGGUCCGACAGAGCAUCCAGCGCUCCCUCACCACCAUCUUGUUUAAGAGAGUAAGUGACUGUGAAGAUCUGGAGAUGCCUGAGAGCGAAGUUAUAAAACUUGUUGCUGGCAUUGAGAAGGAAAUGUUUGACAUAUUCCGCAACACAGACAGCAAAUACAUGAACAAGUAUAGAACUAUAAUGUUCAACCUAAAAGAUCCAAGAAAUAAGGGCUUGUUGUAUCGGGUUGUAAAUGGAGAAAUAGGCCCUUUCAGACUGGUCAGAAUGACCCAAAAGGACAUGCAGGCUACUAAAGCCCCUGAGCCAACUACUAAGGAAACAACUCAGGUUAAAGUUGAAGCUGCUAAGGGGACAAAUGUCCCAAAGCCUGAAGCUGUGAAGAUCGAUCUGCCCAGUUUGAAUCCUCCUAGACCGGAAAGGAAGCCUGAGAGCACGGAACAGAAGAAAGUCAUUCCUCCUCAAUCUUCCAAAUCUAGAGUUAUGCAACCAAGCAAGAACAAAAAGAUGCCAGAUAUACUUUCCUGCAUGCUUAAGGAUACAACAUCAGAACACAAGGCUCACCUCUUUGACUUGAAAUGCAAAAUAUGCACAGGCCAGAUGCAAGCUAUUGAAGGUGAAGAACCUGCUAAGAAAAAGUUAAAGGUCUCUACAUCAAGAGACAAGACUGAUAAGAUAUCUUGGAAGAAGCCUGGGGGAGAUGAGUCUCCUCUGUUGGCACCACCUGACACACCUGAAAUGGAAUCUCCUACAUCUUCAUUGAUGGAGCCAUCAUCCCAAAUUGACAUUGAUUCUCCAAAAUUGACAAUUGUUGAAUCUCCUGCCUCCCCGACGAUGGAUUCUCCUGCCUCCCCAGCAUUAGAGUCUCCUGCUUCCCCCAUCAUGGAGUCUCCUGCUUCUCCAACUCCGGAGGGAUCCACAGUGCCUGCAUCAAAGAGAUCAUACACACCAGUUGUGAUUCCCACUGUCUCCACUGUAACCAUUACAAGACGUGACCCCCGAACUGCAGCAAACAGGUUCACUGCUUCCUCAGGUGGCAACUCUGGCUUUAGUAACACUUCCAAGCAAGCGGCUCCUUACGCUGCUAUAAAAGGUAGCCUGGCACCGAGCUCAGCACCACCACCCUCAGUCGCACCACCAAAAGCAUUACCCAAAUCAAUCUUAAUGAAGCCAUCCUCCUCUUCUGACCCAAGACUAAGUGGUGCAUCCUCCAGAGCCACAAUCUCUCAGACCCCAGCAGAUGGUGGUACUACACAGUUCCUAGCAAAGCAGGGCAUACUGUGGAAAGGCUUUGUAAACAUGCUCACGGUGGCCAAGUUUGUGACAAAGGGAUACCUGGUUUCAGGACCCACUGAAAAUAUUAAAGCGGAUUUGCCUGAUACCAUACAAAUCGGGGGGAGAAUCUUACCCGAGACUGUGUGGGAUUAUGUUGUAAAACUGAAGACCUCGGUUACAAAGGAGUUGUGCGUGAUCCGGUUUCACCCUGCAACAGAGGAGGAAGAGGUAGCCUACGUGUCCCUGUUUUCCUACUUCAGCAGCAGAGGCCGUUUUGGUGUCGUUGCCAACAUAAGCCGUUCCAUCAAAGAUGUAUAUCUUGUCCCUCUUGGUGCAAAUGAGUCGAUCCCAUCCAUACUACAACCUUUUGAAGGUCCAGGCCUUGAAAAGAACAGACCCAAUCUUCUUUUGGGUCUAGCAAUUGUCCAGAAGUUAAAGCGUCCAGGAAGCACGCCUCAGGAAAUUGAAGAGAAGAAACCCAAAGUUAACAUGUCCAAAGACCCUAUGUGGAUUCCAAAACCACCAGUCCUCUAUGGUUCUGACAAGCUGGACAUGUUCAAACCAUAUGAUCCAGAGACACCUGCUACUUCCUCCCCUCCUGGUUCGCCAUCGGAUUCUUCCUCUUCUGGCUCAAUUACCAUACCUUCCCUCUUAAGUUCCAUUCACACAACUCCUUUAGUCUCAUCCGUUGCUGCCACAGACUCCACAUCUGUUAGCAACUUAGUCAAGAAUGUUACACCAUCAUCCAGCAAUAAUAACCCAUUACAGACUAUUUUGAAGACACUGUUUAGGGGAAAGGAGUCAGACCCAACAAUCUCCUCUGACGGGAGCUCCCCCAAAGCAACAGAAAGUUCAAAGAAGAAACCAGUGUUUCCUAAAAUAUCUGGACCUAUGGUUGAUCCAAUAGUCCAGCAGUAUGGACAGAAAUCAAAAGUCAAACGGGUAGAACAAGAAGAAAAGGAAGAUGACUUUGACAGACCCUAUGACCCUGAAGAGGAAUAUAAUCCUGCAAAGGGAUACAAAGUUUUUAAUCCACAAAUCACAGACAGGAAUAAGACCGAUGACUCUACAUUAUCAGGCUUGGUGGAAGACGAUGUGGCCUAUGAUCCAGAAGAUGAAACUAUCUUUGAAGUAUAUCAAAGUGAUGCUGUCGUAACAAAGCUCCCCAUUCCAACCCAAAAUGCAGAAACACCAACAUUACCACCAGCAGUUCCUGAUUCCACUCCAACUACACUUAAAUCGAACCCAACUUCUGUAGUGUCGACUUUUCAUACAGGUGCUGUAGUUGUCUCAGCUGCAACAUUGAGUGAACAGCAGCGGAUGCUUGAGGAACUUAAUAAGCAAAUUGAAGAGCAAAAGCGACAGCUAAAAGAACAGGAAGAGGUCCUGCGUAAACAGAGAGAAGCUGUAGGUAUGUUUAUGGCUCACUUUUCUGUUUCUGAUACAUUGAUGUCUCCUCCCACAAAAUCUGUACCAGCUGUGCAGAGUGCUGUAAUACCAACAAAGCCUGCAGAUAAAUCUGACAAGGUCAACAACAAUACAGUGACGGAGGAUAAUACUGCUGUGAAGUCAGAAACUGUUAAGCUAGAACAUACAAAUGUCAGUGAUAAUUUAAAAAAUACCACAGAUACACUAACAGAACAAAUGGAAAUGAAAGAAAAUGCAAAGGAAUGUGAGAAAUAUUCAUCUGCCGGAGAGAUCGAAGACUCUGAUGUAGCUUAUGACCCUGAAGAUGAGUCACUUUUUGAUGAAAUCCAAGAUGAUGUAUUUAAGGGAGGGAGUACAAAGACUAAUGAUGGUUCAUCAAGGACUGGGGAUAGUGUUGGGAAUAAAGGCGACUCUCCAAAUUCACACCACAGCAGAAGGCGAAAGUCGUCACCUAAAAGACGGAGUCGUCGAGAAAGGGACCGCAGAAGCCCUUCAAGAAGGUCACGGAGACGUUCUAGGUCACAUUCUAGAAGACAUAGAGACAAGGAUAAACACAGAAGUGAAAGAGAGAGGUCAAGGCACAGAACCAGAGAACCAUCUGAUUAUCCAGGACACCAUCGAAAAGACCAUGCUGCUGGCAGACAUUCUCAUGGGCUGAGAAGGUCCUCAUCUUCACCAAGAAGAAAACAGUCUGCCUCUCUUUCACCAAAACGCCACAGGGGAGCUGCUUUACAAGUCAUUGACAAAACAAAGCACAGAAGUGGUCCAUACAAUCUUUCUGAAACCGUAAAGACAUCAAUAGAAUCAACAUCAGUUGCUGGAAUUAAAAAUGAGCCGAGUGAACUUAAGCUUGAGUGUAAUCUUGUUGAGAACCCUGUUAAACACUCGGUUGCACUUAUUGAAAAUGUGAAGACAGAGACUUUAGAACCGUCAAUCAGUCAAUGCGAUGAUCAAAUUAACAGUUCUACAAGUCAAGAAAACAAACCGUCUCUGCAGGACACAUGGCUUCAAGACAAAAUUGAAAGCAAAAUUCCUCUGAGAGAAAUUGAUCCACCUCUUCGAGAUUCUCCUGAAAGUCCAGAUCCAGAACCACAGUUUUCAAAACCUUUCAGCACUGAAGGUGACUGUGCUAGAACUGCAGACUCUGAGGAACAAAACAGUGCUUCAGCAUCAUUUCUUAAAGAUGAAAAUGACUCUAUGGCAGUUAGCCAUCAAACAAUCUCCAGUCUACAAAAAGGACCACAUAUCCAGGACUCAGGACCAGUACGGGAUACUGUUUCACACAGUGUUCCACCUGGUCCAAGUUUUCAGAGUACUGGAAAUCCAACAGCAAAUAUAAAAGAUUCUGAACACAGUAUGACCCAAACAGAUCAAGUGGACAAGAAAAUUGGGUUUACAGGGCUUGAUAGAAAAGGGCUUGACAUGCAUCAUAUAAUGAGAAAUGCUUUGGGACCUACUCCAAGCACUCAGCGCACUCCUGCAGAUGGUUCAGAAAGACGAGUAAUGCAACAAGCAACAUGCCUUCAGGGCUCAAUGUUAAAUUUGAUAAAAAAUUAUAACCCCAAUGUGACUGAUCCACAGACUAUCCCAAGAGUUUCAGAAAUAACAAAUAAAAUGCAAGGGACAGAAAGCUCUUCUUUCCAAAUCAUUAACCAAGGCAUAGCUCAUCAAUGCUCUGAUGUGAUGCAAAAUGUUGUGCAAAGUGCAUCAAAUUCUGACAUUCCAGUAUUAAGAACACAAAUUGAGGCCCAAAAUCAAUUUGUUAGAAGUCAGUUGUCAGACAGACCUCUGCCUGGGUCAAAGGAUUCUGUCUCAACUGUUCAACAUUGUAAUACAAAUAUUAAAGGCCAAAAUGUUGGUUAUUACAGAGAACCUUUGCCUUUUUCGAAAACAGAUGAGUUAAGAUUGCAACCAAAGAACUUAGACAGCAAGUCAGACAUUAUGAAAAUAGACACAUCAUUUGGGAGUCCCCAGUUUGAUGGAAAGAUUUCACAUCCUGGGUCUUUGGGUUCUCAUAUUAGAAUGGUUAAUAAAACAGGUCACAACCCAUCUUUUUUUGGAUUCAGAGGAGAUCAAACACAUUCAAAACAUACUGAAAGUCUUUCCUUUGUUGAAAGAGGACUUGGGAAAAGGGAAUCUCAACUCAUUAAAAGAGAUCCAGACUUCCGUGAUGGUCUAGAAUGUGGAGACAAGCCAGGUAUUUCAAAUCCAGACUGGAGAGAAAGACCUUUAUGUUCUAAUCCCCCACAGUCAGACAGUGGAGAUGCUCAGAAAGGAUUAAAUAGGGAGUUAACACAUCCGGUCAGAACAGAAACAUUCACACAAAAUAAUUGGAGUACCCAUCAGUUUGGUGAAAGAGUGACAAAUUUGGAGAGUCAGGGACCUUGCAAAAAAGGCACUCAAAACUUUCAGUAUGGACAAAAAAAUAAAGAACAAAGUCCAGACAGACAAACUUUCAUGCAUGAUUUUAGGGGCCCAAGAGGGACAGAUUUUGUAGGACCUAGGACUGAAAUAAGAAAUCCUGAGUUGCACUUCACAAGGAAUGACACUAGACAACCUGUGUGUUCAGAUAUGAUGGGAAAAUGGUCAGAAAAUAAAGGACCUGACAUUGAAGCAUCAAUGCAUUGCAGGAGAGAGCCAGUGGGUCCAGAUUUUAAGAUAAAGGAACCAGAAUGGAUAGGUCCUAAGAGUGAGAACCCUAUCCAUGACAGUAGAGGACCAGGGCAUCCAGAUCUUGUGGGACAAAGACUUGAACAAAGAAACUGGCCUGAAAGGAGAGGACCAGAUGCCCCUGGUCCAGGAAUUGAUCAAAGGGGUCUAAAUACGGAGGGUCCUGGGAAUGAAUGGAGAGGAGGAGAUCCAAAUUUCAGAGGAGGAGGGCCUGAAACAAGAGGCUUGUCAAUGGAGCACCACAGGUCUGAACAUCGAGAAUUUAGAGGUCCAGGUUACAAUAAAGGAAGUCUUCCUAUUGAAAAUACUGGUCCCCCAGGUAGAGAAGGUAGAGGUCCAGUUUUCCGAGGGCCAGGUCCCGAAGGCAGAUACUUAACUUCGCAAAGACCUGGGCCAGACAAAAUAUUUGAACAUCCAAAUUUUAUUGAGCAAGGGUUUGAUAAUACAAAUGCCAUCCUGGGUGGCCCAAAAAUUGACAGGAGAGUUACUGGCGGUCCAGAUUUCAGUAGGCCUGUAAAUGAAAUGAGGAAUCCUGCUCUGGAUAGCCAAAAUUCUGACAGGAGAGGACCACAAGAACCAGAAAACUGGGGACCAGGAUCUGAAAGAAAAGGAACACAUUUGGGGCAUGCUGGGCCUGAUAACACAGAACAAGGACAAGCAAGAAUUAUCUCAGGUUUAGAAGGUCCUAAGCCUGUACAAGGAGGACCACACUUCAGGGGAAAUGUAACAGACGUUGCAUGCCUAAAUUUGGAAGGCUCAGAACACAGGGGGAGAAGUCCAAAUCUCAGAGGUUCUAAUUCAGAUAUGGUGGGUUCAGAAUUAAAUAGAACACGACCAGGGGUUCCAAGAACAGGAAGAAUAGGUGCUCCAGUUGCAUGUGACCUGUGGCCAGAAAGAGUGGCUCUUAAUGUAAAACAAGCAAACAGAAGCCCUCCAAGAGACUCACAAUUCAGAUGUCCUGAGCAAGGAAGAACAUUUUUAAAUAUGGAGGGUCUGCAGCCUAAUAGGAACGUGGCGCACCCUGAAGAGGUGGAACAUAACAGAAAUGUUGUGGGAGGUCCUGAGACUACAAGGAUAGGUCCAAGAUUCUGUAGGAGACCAGAUUAUGAGGGCCCAGUCCCUGAUAAACAAAAUCCAAGGGGCCCAAGCUUUAGAGAAUCCAUGCCUGCAAGACCACGUCCAGGCGUUGAUGGCCGAAGACCUGACUGGAGAGAAUCAAGUGAUUGCAGAGGUCGAGGCGCCAGGGAGGAAAGGGCAAAUACUGAGGAUCUUGGAUAUGACAGACAAAAUGACUGGGGGGAGGCUGAACCUGUUCAAGAAUUUCCUGAUUUUGAGGUCUUAGAAUCUGAUAGGAGAGGGCGAAAUUUUAGACCUUCAAGGCUAUUGAGAAGAAGCAUCAGAAGACCGGGACCAAAUGCCCGUGGCUUUGCACCGAGUCGGAGCGGUGGUGCCUUUGAGGGGAAGUGGUUAGACAGAAGAGGGCCAAGAUUUGAAGAGUUGGAGGGAGGUGAAUCUUCUGGAGAUAUUUGGGACAACAGUAGUGACAGAGGUUUAGAGAUUUUCCAAGAUCAUCCUGAUGAACAAGGUGAAGGCCUUAAUUUCCAUGAUAAUCAUAGUGAAUGGACACAGGAUGGAGAAAAUGCGCAGUUUUCUGUUUCUGGAGAAGACUGGGAUGGGGCUGGUUUUAGGCAUCCAGGGCCUGUUCGUGACAACCCAGACAUGGAUUGUCCUGGCCCUAAUAGAGAAAGAGAAGAACAUCAAUGGACUGAGCCUGAUAGAGAAGAUUCUGGGGCAUUUUUCAGAAGGAGAGGGGGUCCAUGCAAUAGAAGACAAAGCUGGGGUGGAGUCAGAAGUAGAGGACGAGGAUCGGUUCAGCAAAGACAUGCAAACAUGGAUGAUGAUCGGAGACGUCAGGAGUUUGAGGAGGAAAUGAGAGGCCAUGAUCAUGGGAUGCCCUGGCCUCAAAGGGGAGCCAAACAUCCAAACAGGAGACCAUUUGACAUGGAGGCUCCAGGAGGUCCAGAUUUAAGAUACCCAGAAACUUCCUACAGAAAUUUCAAUGAUGAAGGUCCUGUGUCAGAUAGGAGAGUUUCAGAUUUUGGGGAAUCCUGCGCUGAAAGGCAUAGUGCAGACAUGGAUGCAGGAGCAGAUCCUGAAGGAUUUGAGCAUAACUUUAGGAGAGUAAGAAGGGGUCCAAUAAUGAGACAAGGGCCUAGCAGCACAGAACGUAGGGGAGUGUCACCAAAUAAUUCAGAUUUUAGACCUGGUAGAUGGGAAUCAAACUCAGAGUUUCCAGAAUCUGAUCGAAGAGAUGUAGAUAGGAGGGAAAGGGAACAAAGACAUCCAGGUCAAACAACUAGCAGGGGGAGAAGAGGUCCUCAUCAAGGCAGCCAUGGCCCUCAUGAAGGACCUCCAGCACCAUUCAGUAGGCCUUUAGGUCCUGGUCCAAACAGAGAAGGACAUUCAUUCCAUGACUUUGACAGUCCACAAAAUCAACAAGCUGUGCAACCUCAAAGACACAGAGGUGCUUUACUUCCCACUCCUUCUGAUGGUCCAUUACCGGUUUCAGAUCCUGUGAUGAAUAGUCAUGAUGCCUCCUCUCUGAAAACACCACAGUUUGGCUCCCCAUUCAAUAGGAGCAGGGGAACAAGUAGAGGCAGAGCAAUGGAUAAUUGGUUAAGAGGGCGUGCAAGAGGGCCAGGACGAGGAGCUCCUGCUCGAUAACAAAAUGUAGGGUAUGAAGAAGGAAUGUUGUUAUAGUACUAAAACAGAGGUAAACAGAGGCAACAUUUUAAUAAAAAAUAAAGUAUGGACAAUCUUGGAUCUUAAAAACAUAUUGAUCUAAUACUUGCAAAAGUCUCAAAGUACAUAUGUUUUCUUUAGGAUUUCAAGGCUAUUAAACACUUUAAUAUUGCUUCCUGAAGUGUAUGGUUUUGUAAAGGCAAUUUUCAUUUAUAUUGCAACUUUGUAGUCAAGCCAAUGGGCUUGUAAUGGUAAUGGUUAACUGAUACAGAAAUGCUGAGUUUUUGUGUUAAUUAUGUUCGACUUUGUUUCCAGUCAUAGUAGUUGUUUGAUUAUGACCUACAUCUUGUAAAUUGUUGUAUAUUAUACCAUCUAGAAAGGAAGAAAAUAGUUUAAAAAGCUUUGCACAAUAGUUUUUUUGUUGUUUGUUUUUAAGAGUCAUAACAUCACUGUAUUAUCUUGUCUUGUUUGUUACAUUUUUAUGCUCCUAAAAAUGUAACUUGUUUCAAUGUUCUUUGAGAAUGCUACAAGUCAAUAAAGUGACAUUUUAAAAACUUGUUAAAAAUGUAACUUGUCAGUGCUUCUUCACUGUAUUUUUGUUUUGAUUAGGUCCAUCAGUAGAGAUAUCCAUUUAUGUUGAAAUCAUCUUAUAUCAAGACAAAAUAAACUAUUAGUUUGGAAAAUGAA